UAGUGACGACACCUGCAUUAUCUGUUCUGGUGUGUCUCCACUGUGCUGCAUUAUUUCCUUUUUCUUUUUCAAAGUGACAUUUUUAUGUAAUCAACUCCUAAUACUGAGAAGAAAUGGCGGAUUUUCCUGGGAAGGUCAACACGCAGACCAGCUCCAGUGAACCUCAGAGAAGUUCUGGAAUCCCAGCAAUGGUAGACAUGGACUUCAUCAGGAGUAUUCCUGGUAUCCUACUUAUAGCUGAGAUUUUUGUUGGAUUACUGGUGUGGUCGCUGAUUGCCAGCACCAGCUACAUCUCGUAUCCUGCUUAUGGUUGGGUGAUGUUUGUCAGCGUGAUGCUGUGGCUCCUGAGCAUUGCCCUGUUUGUUGUGCUGUUGAGGUUUUAUCAGCGUCUACCCUCAGUGCCCUGGCCUUUAGUGCUCAUGGUGUUCUAUGUAGUCGCAGCUGUUCUAUACAUAACUGCCUUUUUGACUGACGCAGUAUCUGUCCCAUCCCAGUGGUUUCUCUGGCAUGGUCAUCUGGGAGCUUCUGCAUUCUUUGCCAUAGUGGUGACUCUGUUAUACGGAGCUAGCAGCUACUUUGCCUAUUUGGACUGGAUGGGUGAAGGGCAAAAUGCAGCGGCGAGUACAGUGCCUGUGUAGACCAUCCUCUGAUUAACAUUCUCAGUCACUAUGUGAGGACACUUCGAAGGUGAUAUUAUUCAGAUUAUUUGGCACUGCUGAAAAUCCUCUUCAGGAACGUCCAACAACCCUUCUGUAUAAUGGUGCCGUGGGGUCAGUAAGAUUUUUUUAAAAGAAUGAAAUUAAUUAUUUUA